GGAAGAGUGUGCUGCUCUCUUUUAAAGCAGCAUCAUUUCUGUCAUUUUGCUUUUUAUAUGAAUGGAUUAACAUCAUGUCCUUAUUGCAGACUCAGUGAUCAAGGCAUGAGAGAGAGAGAUAAAGAACUUUUUUAGGUUUUAGAGAGAGAAAAUAACACUCAUUUAAAAAAAAAAAAAAAAAACCCUGUUUCAUCAAUGGAGUUGGAGACUGCAAAUUGGCUUUUCUGACCCCUCUUUUUUGCCUCUUCUUCAACCUCUCACUCAUUAACUUUAAGGAAAUACUUACCCUAGGUGUGAGAUGGAUUUAUCAGAAGCAACAAAAAUAUUACUUGACAGGAUUCAGAAAUUAGAACCAGAAAUAGCAACCAAAAUUAUAGGAUGUAUUCUUAUACAAGAUCAUGGUGAAAGGGAAAUGAUAAGGCUAGCUUAUGCUCCUGAACAGUUUAUAGAAAAUUUGGUACAGAAAACUAAGCUACAGCUUGGGUAUCUCUCAAAAUCCCCUGUUUCGUCCUCCUUAUCUUCUCCUGUUUCCAUCAACCCUUCACCAGUUUCGGAUGUGUCGAUGAAUUACAUGCCGUUUUCACCCAACGGCUCUAGACCCUACUCGUCUCCAACUGCAUUUCCGGUCCGACAUGCACCCUAUUGGGACCUGCAGUCUCUGACACCCGAGCAACAAUCGAUUCUGAGUUCUGAUUUUCAAUCAUAUGGAGACUCAAUUGCAGAAGAUUUCUGUCUUCAGAAUCAGGGUCAGUUCAUGGGGUUUGAUGAACAAAUGGACUCAACAAAUUUUCCUGGUGAUGUUUAUUAUGGUGAUGCUGCAUUGAGUAAUCUGAGAAGUCGUCGAUCACCAAAUUUGUCGGAUUUGCCUACCAAAAUGUGCCAUUAUUUUAGCAAAGGGUUUUGUAAACAUGGGAGUAGCUGCCGUUAUUCGCAUGGACCAGAUAGUUUCCAAACACUUUAUAGUCCAAAUGAACUUGGGCUUGAUGAUCAUAUAUUUUCCCCUGGCUCACUAGAAAAACUGGAGCUUGAGAUAAGUGAACUCUUAAAAUCAAGGAGGGGGAAUCCUGUUUCUAUUGCUUCACUUCCCAUGUUGUUUUAUGAGAAGUAUGGAAGAACCCUUCAAGCUGAUGGCUACCUCACUGAGAGUCAGAGGCAUGGUCGAGCUGGUUAUAGCUUGACCAAACUUCUUGCUCGAUUGAAGAGAAUUCGGCUAAUUGAUAGAGCACACGGACAACAUGCAGUCAUCUUAACUGAAGAUGCUUCUAAAUACAAUUUGGAUAAUCGAACUGAAAGGAAUGAUCCAGGUCCAAUUGUCAGUGGAUCUCGGCAGAUAUACUUGACAUUUCCUGCAGAGAGCACAUUCACUGAAGAAGACGUAUCCAACUAUUUCGGCACUUUCGGUGCUGUUGAAGAUGUUAGGAUCCCUUGCCAACAAAAGCGCAUGUUUGGAUUCGUGACUUUUGCAAGUGCAAAUACCGUCAAGACUGUUUUGGCUAAAGGAAACCCACAUUUUGUUUGCGGGUCUCGUGUUCUUGUUAAACCUUAUAGGGAGAAAUCGAAGCUUGUCGACAGGAAGUUCAUGGAGAAAAAUGAUCACGGUAUGUAUUACCCUGGAAAUUAUUUGGAGCUAGAACCUGACUUUCACCCUAUGCCUAGAUGUGAGGCCCCGAGGUUUCUAAGGAGGCAACUUAUGGAAGAGCAGGAGCACGCUAUUGAAAGGGAAAGGAGACGCAUCUCUGAAUUGCAGCUUGGACGUAAAAAUAUGAUCAAUCGGCAAUUCAUGGGCUAUGGCAUGGAGGAGCUAAGUGCUUUUGAAGAUCAUUCGAAAAUAUCAAGUGCCGAAGAAUACCACUAUCUGCUGGAUGUUUUCAAUAACUGCAGUCUAACUGAUGACAGAUUGAAUAAUCUGAGCCCUGACUACACCGAUCAAGAAAGCAGCCAGGGGAUUGAUCUUCCGGAGAGCCCCUUUGCGUCAACAAUGGGAAACGGCAUUUCUACAGUCAUCUAGAUUUCCAGCAAAACAGGAGAAAAAUAAUUAUAUAGAGGGGAAAAAAAGUAGGAAUACUGCGAUUCAAUGGUUCGGUUCUUUGGUUUCCAAUAUAGAACAAUUACAUUUCUUUUGGUUAGCUGCCGUUCCCAAGUCCCUGUUAGUUUGAAGUCUUUUAGCAAAAGUACAUAACAGAAAGGCUAAAAGAAGACGAUUACGAUAAAAAAAACAAGUCAAGUAAGAAGUCUGAAGCAUCAUCUCCUCCCUGCUGAAUUUGGUUGAAGGAGUUUGAAAUAGAAAAAAGAAGAUUAUGAAUACACAAAAUGAAGACGGCCAUUUAUGUAAGAAGGUUUGCACAGGUUUUUUUUUUUUUUUUUUUUGCUUUUUACGACAGAAGGCGGAAGAAGAAUUUCCGAAAUAUGUCAGUAGAAAACAUUUACUAGUAUUCUUAUAGUGUUUUGGUAGAAGAAGAAAAACAAAGAAUGAAUUAACUUUUUCUAGGGUUUUCGUUAUGCCUGGUGUUUUCAGAGAGCUGAAGAUCUGUUUCAUUUCCUCUGUGAGACCUCAGCAAUAGAUGCAAAGUAACAUUUUCAUUAAUUGCAUAUUACUUGAUAUCUGAUGAAUAGAAUAUUAGCUUUUGUUAUUA